AAUGAAAGAAAGACAGUCAAAAUGAUGUAUCAGAAAAAGAAAUUUCGUUUUGGGUACAUCCCUGACAUGAAGAUCCGUGUUUUAGAGCUGCCCUAUGAUGGAAAAGAACUGAGUAUGAUCAUCCUGUUACCUGAUGACAUCGAAGAUGACUCCACUGGGCUGCAGCAGCUGGAAAAGCAGCUUACCUUAGAGAAGCUCCAGGAAUGGACGUGUCCAGAGCAUCUGUAUUCCACUGACGUUCAUGUGCGUUUGCCAAAGUUUAAGCUAGAAGAAAGCUACGACCUUAAAUCCGAUUUAGCCGCUCUGGGCUUGUUGGAUGUGUUUGACGGUGGCAAGGCCGACUUGUCGGGAAUGUCAGGGGCACGCGACCUCUUUCUCUCUAAAAUUGUCCACAAGGCUUUUGUAGAAGUGAAUGAGGAAGGCACCGAAGCUGCAGCUGCCACUGCUGGCUUCGUUAUGCUCUGCAUGCUUGUGGAAGAGGAUUUCCAUGCUGACCAUCCCUUCCUUUUCUUUAUUCGCCACAACCCAACGCAAAGCAUUCUUUUCCUGGGCAGAUACGCUUCUCCAUAA